AUGUCGUCCGACUUUGUCUUGCCAGGGCAGCCAAUCCCACUUCCCCGCGGGCCGGUCCCGCAGCUUGGCGGGGGAAUCUAUUCCAGAAACGGCCAAGUAUGCGCAAGCCUGGUCGGGGUACCGCGACAUGAAGGAUCUACGUUGGCGAUAUCGCGUACAAGGCCGCGCCCGCCUGCACCCAACUCAAUCGUGCUAGGGUCUGUUACGCGACUGUCGCCUCAACAGGCUGUACUCUCUAUAACGGUCGUGGAUGGAGUGCCCCUCCCACCAGGAGAAGAGUUCACUGGUGUCAUCCGCGUCCAAGAUGUCAGGGCGACAGAAAAGGAUAAGGUCAAGAUCGCUGAUUGCUUUCGCGGAGGCGACGUUGUGAAGGGACUAGUGAUCUCGCUUGGCGAUGCCCGAAGUUACUAUGUCACCACUGCUCGGAACGAUCUCGGGGUGAUAUUUGCGACAAGUGAAGCAGGUGCAACCAUGGAGCCUGUGUCCUGGCAGGAAAUGCGAUGCCCAAGAACCGGCAGGAUUGAGAAGAGAAAAUGCGCCAAGCCAGAAAAUACAUAG